CCUGGGUUCCCACGGCUAUGGCUAGCACCUUCAUACCAGGGCUGAACCCUCAGAACCCUCAUUGUAUCCCAGGGUACACUGGACACUGCCCGCUACUUCGGUUCAGCAUGGGCCAGACCUAUGGGCAGAUGACUGGGCAGCUACUUCACGGCUCUCCUGGCCUAGCCUGGCCCCCUGCCCACCGCACACUUCUGCCUCCCAUCCGGCCUCCAAGAUCUCCCGAGGCUCCCAGGAAAAGCCUGCCUGUCAGGCGUGGACACGAAAGGCUCAGCUCCAGCAUGAUCCCUGGGUACACAGGUUUUGUACCCCAGGCACAGUUCAUCUUUGCCAAGAACAGAAGCCAGGUCUGGGCGGAGGCUCUGAAUGAUUUCACUCAGUGGUAUGGGGGACAGAGGAGUCAGGAGCUGCCAAAGGAGGCCAAGGGAGAAAAAGAUGCGGAGAAAGACCAAGAGCCAAAGCUGGAGGCAGAGCUGGAGACGGAAAAGGAGCCAGAGCUGGGGCAGGAGGCGGAACAAGCUUCCCCUUAUUCCAUGGAUGACAGAGAUCCUCGCAAGUUCUUCAUGUCAGGCUUCACUGGUUAUGUGCCCCGUGCUCGCUUCCUCUUCGGUUCCAGCUUUCCUGUGCUCAGCAACCAGGCACUGCAGGAAUUUGGACAGAUGAAGUCAGGGGGCAGAUCCCAGAAGGAUCCUAAACAUCUCCCCUCACUUUCCAGGACCUACCCUCAGAACCUGGGCCUUUUACCUAAAUAUGGGGGCUAUGUGCCAGGGUAUAAGUUCCAGUUUGGCCGCACAUAUGGGCAUCUCACCCAUGAUGCUCUGGGCCUCAGCACCAUCCAGAAGCAGCUCCUGGCGUAG